GCUAAUCUUACCUGCAGAGCCUUUUUUGGCUAUGGCGGAGAAGUCAGUCCUAUUAUUUAUUGGAUGAAGGGGGAGAAGUUUAUUGAAGAUCUUGAUGAUAAUCAUGUUAGAGAAAGUGAAAUGAGAAUUCUCAGGGAGCAUCUUGGGGAACAAGAAGUCUCCAUAUCUCUGUUAAUUGACUCAGUGCAAGAAGGAGACCUGGGAAACUAUUCGUGUUAUGUUGAAAAUGGAAAUGGUCGGCGACAUGGAAGUAUUCUUCUUCAGAAGCGAGAGCUGAUGUACACUAUGGAACUUGCGGGUGGACUGGGAGCUAUCCUUUUGCUGCUGGUCUGUCUGGUGACUGUUUACAAAUGUUAUAAAGUAGAACUCAUGCUCUUUUAUCGUAAUCAUUUUGGAACUGAUGAAUUAGACGGAGAAAACAAAGAUUACGAUGCAUACCUGUCAUACACCAAAGUGGAUCCUGACCAGUGGAACCAAGAAACAACAGAGGAGGAACGUUUUGCUCUGGAGAUCUUACCAGAUGUGCUAGAAAAACAUUAUGGGUACAAAUUGUUCAUCCCCGAUAGGGACUUGAUUCCAACUGGAAUAUGGGCUCAAUCACAGUCCUGUGCCACGCAACACCUCUCGUGCCCCACUAUAAUCGGAUGGGAGAACACGUACAUUGAAGAUGUGGCAAGAUGUGUUGAUCAAAGCAAAAGACUAAUUAUCGUUCUGACCCCAAACUAUGUUAUAAGAAGAGGCUGGAGCAUAUUUGAACUGGAAACCAGACUUCGGAACAUGUUAGUCACUGGUGAAAUUAGAGUGAUACUUAUUGAAUGCAGUGAACUUCGAGGAAUUAUAAACUACCAGGAGAUUGAGGCUCUCAAACACACAAUCAAGCUUCUUACAGUUAUUAAAUGGAAUGGACCUAAGUGCAACAAACUGGAUUCCAAAUUUUGGAAGCGUUUACAGUAUGAAAUGCCCUUUAGGAGGAUAGAGCCGAUCGCUAAUGAGCAGGUUUUGGAUGCUAGUGAGCAUGGUCCAUUUGGGGAACUGCAGACGGUGUCUGCCAUCUCCAUGGCAGCAGCGACUUCCACUGCUCUAGCCACCGCCCAUCCGGAUCUGCGCUCCACCUUUCACAAUACCUACCACACGCAGAUGCGGCACAAACAAUACUAUCGGAGCUACGAGUAUGAUGUACCUCCUACUCCUGGUGGCAUUCCCUUUACCUCACUGGGUAACCAACACACAUACUGCAACAUCCCCAUGACACUUAUUAAUGGGCAGAGGCCACAUACUAAAAUAAACAAGGAGCAAACUCCAGAUGAGGUUCACACAAACAGUGCAGUACUACCACUUCUGCCAAGGGAGACCAGUGUGUCCAGUGUUAUUUGGUAACAACGAGUGGGAUAGUUUGGCCCCUUUGGGUUCCACAGUCGUGGUGCCUGGGACCAUGGCCUUGACUGCUGCUGUUAUACAAACAAAAAUGAAAUACAGGGUCUUGUCGAUAAACAAAAAAGUUUGUAACAUCAGAGUCUUCCUGUUCUAUUCUUGCCUGUCACUACUACAUUUAUGAUUGUUUUCUAUGUUCUAUGUUACUCGGACCGAUAUGAGAAUUUUUAAAGAGA